AUGAAUAAAAUAAUAAUUUUAUUAAUUAUUUUAUUAUCAUUUGAUAUUAUAUCAGCAGCUAAAAAAUUUGGUAGAAAAGGUAUUAGAACUUUAGGUGAUAAUGAAGUUUUAUUAUCCGAUGGUGCUAUUAGAGGUACAGUAACCGAUACUCAUCGUGUAUUUUACGGUAUUCCGUUUGCCCGUCCACCAAUUGACGAAUUACGUUAUGAAGAUCCACAACCACCAAAGCCAUGGUCCUAUGUUAGAGAUGGUACUAAACAAAGAGACCAAUGUAUUCAAGAUUGUAAAUUAGGUAAAGGAAGUUGUUCUGAAGUUGGUACAAGUGAAGAUUGUCUUUAUUUAGAUGUAUUCAUUCCAAGAACAGUUAAUCCAGGUUCAAAAGUACCAGUAAUGGUUUUUAUUCCAGGUGGUGCAUUUACACAAGGUACUGGUUCAUGUCCACUUUAUGAUGGUCUUAAAUUUGCAAAUUCAUCAGUUAUUGUUGUAAAUGUAAACUAUCGUCUUGGUGUAUUAGGUUUCUUAUGUACUGGUUUAUUAAGUGGUAAUUUUGGUUUCUUAGAUCAAGUUAUGGCUUUAGAUUGGGUUCAAGAAAAUAUUGAAGUAUUUGGUGGUGAUAAGAAUCAAGUUACAAUUUAUGGUGAAUCUGCAGGUGCAUUUUCAGUUGCUGCUCAUUUGUCUAGUGAAAAAUCUGAAGGUAAAUUCCAUCGUGCAAUUCUUUCUUCUACACCAUAUACUGUUGGUUUGAAGAGUCAAACUGUUGCAAGAGGAUUUGCAGGUCGUUUCUCAAGUAAGAUUGGUUGUGAUCUUGAAGAUAUCGAUUGCCAUCGUUCAAAAUCACCAGAGGAGAUUUUAGCAAUUCAAAAGGAACUUGGUUUGGCUAUUGGUGAUAAGAUUCUUGAUGCUUUUACAAUCUGGUCACCAGUGGUCGACGGAAUUAAUGUAAAUGAACAACCAUUGACAAUGAUAAAACAAGGUACAACUCAUGAUGUUCCAACCAUUAUUGGUGAUAACCAAGAUGAGGCUAUACUCUUUGUUUACAUGACGUAUAAAAAUGUUGUGAUUCCAAGUUCCUAUAGAACCAUGGUACAUGUUUUAUUCGGUAUUGCAAAUGGUAAUAAAGUUUUAGAGCAUUAUCCAUUACCAGGUUUCUUAAAAGAUAGUAGACCAAUAUUAUCUAAAUUACUCACCGAUUACCUCUUCCGUUGUCCAGGUAGAUACCAUGUCUCAAAAUCAGCUCAAGCCAAUGAAUCACCAAUUUACCAUUACCAAUACAAACAAGUAUUAUCAGGAGGUCAUUCAUUUGAAGCAUGUGAAGGUUUAGUUUGUCAUGGUACUGAAUUACCAAUGGUUUUCAAUACAUAUGAAAGUGCACUUGAUUUAGAUUUAGAAGAGGAAGAAGAAGAAUUUGCUGAACAAUUAAAUAAUUAUUUCGUUAAUUUCAUUAAAUACUCUAAUCCAAGUCAUCCUAAUGGUUUACCAACUCCAAAAGUUUGGAAUCCAACCACUAAAACUACCAAUACCUCUUUAGUUAUGAAACUUGGUUUCGAAGUUAAAGAUCUUAUUACCAAUGAUCCAAAAUGUGAUUUAUUCGAUUCACUAUCUUAUAAUGGUUAUACUAAAGAUCAAAAUAGAAUGAGAAAGAGUAAAAAAUAA